UCCUGCCCCCCACCCCCUGACGUCAGGAGCUGUCCGCGGCCCCCGGUGCUGAAACAAAAUGGCUGGUGGCGGUGGAGGCAGGGACCCGGCGGCGUGAGCGGAGAGCCGAGCCCAGAGAGCUCGGGAGCCAGGGAGCCAGCAAGCGGAGAGAGCCAGUGAACAGGCCGGGGAGGGCUGGGCUGGGAUGCCCCAGCCCCGCGGACGGGCGUCGGCGCAUAGGCAGCCUCCCUGCUGAGCUCGGGGUCCCCCCGCCUCCGCCCCCAGCCCCGGGCCCGGCCCCCAGGACCAUGUCUCUGCUCUGCGUCGGAGUCAAAAAAGCCAAGUUUGAUGGUGCUCAAGAAAAAUUCAAUACCUACGUGACCCUGAAGGUGCAGAAUGUUAAGAGCACCACCAUCGCGGUGCGGGGGAACCUGCCAUGCUGGGAGCAGGAUUUCAUGUUUGAAAUUAAUCGCCUGGACCUUGGCUUGACAGUGGAAGUUUGGAAUAAAGGGCUCAUCUGGGACACCAUGGUGGGCACUGUGUGGAUUCCCCUACGGACCAUUCGACAGUCUAAUGAGGAGGGCCCUGGUGAAUGGCUCACCCUGGACUCUCAAGUCAUCAUGACAGACAAUGAGAUCUGUGGUACUAAGGACCCCACCUUCCAUCGAAUUCUCCUGGAUACCCGCUUUGAACUGCCCUUGGACAUCCCUGAGGAAGAGGCUCGAUAUUGGGCAAAGAAGCUGGAGCAGUUAAAUGCUAUGAGGGACCAGGAUGAUUAUUCAUUCCAAGAAGAACAGGACAAGCCUCUUCCAGUCCCCAGCUCCCAGUGUUGCAACUGGAGUUAUUUUGGCUGGGGGGAGCAGCAGAAUGAAGACCCAGACAGCGCUGUGGAUGAUCGGGACAGUGAUUACCGCAGCGAGACCAGUAACAGCAUCCCACCGCCAUACUACACCACAUCCCAGCCAAAUGCCUCUGUCCACCAGUAUUCAGUUCGACCUCCUCCACUGGGCUCCCGAGACUCCCGGGAUUCUUACAGUGACUCUAUGAGGAGUUAUGAAGACUACUCAGAAGCACCUCCAGUCAGACGCUUCAGUAGCGUCGAUCCAACCACUCGGGGCCACAGCGACUCGGAGGCUGGCCGGGGCUGGCCAACCCGCCACCACUAUUCCUUUGAGAACAGGCCAUCCCUAGACCUGUCAGAUAGCCCAACUGGUAGCAGCCGCUAUGCCUCCUCUGGGGAACUGAGCCAGGGCAGCUCCCAGCUGAGCGAGGACUUUGAUCCAGAUGACCAGAGCUUGCAGGGCUCUGAGAUAGAGGAAGAGAGAGACCGAGACUCUUACCACUCCUGCCACAGCUCGGUGAGCUAUCACAAAGACUCCCCGCAUUGGGAUCAGAAUGAAGAGGAGGAGGAAGAGGACUUGGAAGAGGAGGAGGAAGAGGACUUGGAAGAGGAAGACCUAGAAGACUUGGAAGAUCUGGAGGAUGAAGAGCUGAGGCAGGAAGGCUAUAGUGAGAAUGAAGAAGAAUACUCUAAGGAGGAGAGCUACCCACCAACUGCACCCACCACCUCAGAAAGAGAGGAAAAACCCUCUCCAGUAUCUACUGAAGUCCCAGAAGUGGCCAAGAUGCCGCCAGAGCCAGCAGGAGCAGAGGAGGUGCCUGGGGCAGAGCGAGCACCUGAGCCGGAACCUCCAAAGCUGGAAGAGAGGGCUCGGGAAGAUGAAGAAGGACAAGACUCCAUGUCCAGAGCCAAGGCUAACUGGCUACGAGUAUUCAACAAAGUCCGAAUGCAGCUUCAGGAGGCUCGAGGAGAAGGAGACAUGUCUAACUCACUUUGGUUCAAAGGCGGGCCUGGCGGUGGUCUCAUCAUCAUAGACAGCAUGCCGGACAUUCGCAAAAGAAAACCGAUUCCCCUUGUGAGCGACUUGGCGAUGUCCCUGGUCCAGUCCCGGAAGGCUGGAAUCACCUCUGCACUGGCCUCCAGCACCUUAAACAAUGAAGAGCUAAAAAACCAUGUUUACAAGAAGACGCUUCAAGCCUUAAUCUACCCCAUCUCCUGCACAACCCCCCACAACUUCGAGGUGUGGACGGCCACCACACCCACCUACUGCUAUGAGUGUGAGGGGCUUCUGUGGGGCAUUGCUCGGCAGGGCAUGAGAUGUACCGAGUGUGGGGUCAAGUGUCAUGAGAAGUGCCAGGACUUACUCAAUGCUGACUGCCUGCAGCGAGCUGCAGAGAAAAGCUCCAAGCAUGGGGCCGAGGACCGCACACAGAACAUCAUUAUGGUGCUUAAGGACCGCAUGAAGAUCCGGGAGCGGAAUAAGCCUGAGAUCUUUGAGCUGAUCCAGGAGAUCUUUGCAGUCUCCAAGACAACACAUACACAACAGAUGAAGGCUGUGAAACAGAGCGUCCUGGAUGGGACAUCCAAGUGGUCGGCUAAGAUCAGUAUCACUGUGGUCUGUGCCCAGGGACUUCAGGCAAAGGAUAAAACCGGCUCCAGUGACCCCUAUGUUACUGUCCAGGUCGGCAAGACGAAGAAACGAACUAAAACCAUCUAUGGGAAUCUCAACCCUGUGUGGGAAGAGAACUUCCAUUUUGAGUGCCAUAACUCUUCAGACCGCAUCAAGGUGCGUGUCUGGGAUGAGGAUGAUGACAUCAAAUCUCGAGUGAAACAGAGGUUCAAGCGAGAGUCAGAUGACUUUCUGGGCCAGACCAUCAUUGAAGUACGAACAUUGAGCGGAGAGAUGGAUGUCUGGUACAACUUAGACAAGCGGACAGACAAGUCAGCCGUGUCUGGAGCCAUCCGAUUACAUAUCAGUGUAGAAAUCAAGGGUGAGGAGAAGGUGGCCCCAUACCAUGUCCAGUACACAUGUCUGCAUGAGAACCUGUUCCACUUUGUAACAGAUGUGCAGAACAGUGGUGCUGUCCGGAUCCCAGACGCAAAGGGUGAUGAUGCUUGGAAAGUCUAUUAUGAUGAGACUGCCCAGGAAAUUGUGGAUGAAUUUGCCAUGCGCUAUGGCGUCGAAUCCAUCUAUCAAGCCAUGACACACUUUGCCUGCCUCUCUUCCAAGUACAUGUGCCCUGGAGUACCUGCGGUCAUGAGCACUCUGUUAGCCAACAUUAAUGCCUACUACGCCCACACCACAGCCUCUACCAAUGUCUCUGCUUCUGACCGAUUUGCUGCCUCCAACUUUGGGAAAGAGCGCUUUGUGAAACUCCUGGACCAGCUACACAACUCCCUGAGAAUUGACCUGUCCAUGUACCGGAAUAACUUCCCAGCAAGCAGCCCAGAGAGGCUUCAGGAUCUCAAGUCUACUGUGGACCUUCUCACCAGCAUUACCUUCUUCCGGAUGAAGGUCCAGGAACUACAGAGCCCACCUCGUGCCAGCCAAGUGGUAAAGGACUGUGUGAAGGCCUGCCUCAAUUCCACGUAUGAAUACAUCUUUAACAACUGCCAUGAACUCUAUAGUCGAGAAUACCAGACUGACCCGGCUAAGAAGGGUGAGGUGCCUCCAGAGGAGCAGGGACCCAGCAUCAAGAACUUGGACUUUUGGUCCAAGCUCAUUACACUCAUCGUGUCUAUCAUUGAGGAAGACAAGAACUCCUAUACACCCUGCCUCAAUCAGUUCCCCCAAGAGCUGAAUGUGGGCAAGAUCAGUGCGGAGGUGAUGUGGAACCUGUUUGCUCAGGACAUGAAGUAUGCCAUGGAGGAGCACGACAAACACCGAUUGUGCAAGAGUGCCGAUUAUAUGAACUUGCACUUCAAAGUCAAAUGGCUGUACAAUGAGUAUGUGACUGAGCUGCCCUCGUUCAAAGACCGUGUGCCUGAGUAUCCAGCGUGGUUUGAGCCCUUUGUUAUCCAGUGGCUGGAUGAGAACGAGGAGGUGUCCCGGGAUUUCCUCCAUGGAGCUUUGGAGCGUGACAAGAAGGAUGGGUUCCAGCAGACCUCUGAGCAUGCUCUGUUCUCCUGCUCUGUGGUGGAUGUCUUUUCCCAGCUCAACCAGAGCUUUGAGAUCAUCAAGAAACUUGAGUGUCCUGACCCCCAGAUUGUUGGCCACUACAUGCGCCGAUUUGCCAAGACAAUUAGCAACGUCCUGUUGCAGUAUGCUGAGAUCAUCUCCAAGGACUUCACAACCUACUGUUCUAAGGAGAAGGAAAAAGUGCCGUGCAUCCUCAUGAACAAUACACAGCAACUUCGGGUGCAACUGGAAAAGAUGUUUGAGGCCAUGGGUGGGAAGGAGUUGGAUGCCGAAGCCAGUGACAUCCUGAAGGAGCUUCAGGUGAAACUCAAUAAUGUACUGGAUGAGCUCAGUCGACUAUUUGCCACCAGCUUCCAGCCACACAUAGAAGAGUGUGUCAAGCAGAUGGGGGACAUCCUGAGUCAAGUGAAAGGCACAGGAAAUGUGCCAGCCAGUGCCUGCAGCAGUGUUGCCCAGGAUGCUGACAACGUCCUACAGCCCAUCAUGGACCUGCUGGACAGCAACCUGACCCUCUUUGCCAAAAUCUGUGAGAAGACUGUGCUGAAGCGUGUACUGAAGGAGCUCUGGAAGCUGGUGAUGAACACAAUGGAGAAGACCAUAGUCCUGCCUCCCCUCACAGACCAGACGAUGAUUGGAACGCUCUUGAGAAAACAUGGCAAGGGAUUAGAGAAGGGCAGGGUGAAACUCCCCAGCCACUCAGACGGGACUCAAAUGAUCUUCAAUGCUGCCAAGGAGCUGGGACAACUCUCAAAGCUCAAGGAUCACAUGGUACGGGAAGAGGCCAAGAGCUUAACCCCCAAACAGUGUGCUGUGGUGGAGCUGGCUCUGGAUACCAUCAAGCAAUACUUCCAUGCCGGUGGAGUAGGGCUCAAGAAGACCUUUUUGGAAAAGAGCCCAGACUUGCAAUCCCUCCGCUAUGCCCUGUCUCUCUACACACAAGCCACAGACCUACUCAUCAAAACUUUUGUCCAGACUCAGUCAGCUCAGGUUCAUGGUGGAAAAGGUAUUAGGUUUACUCUUAGUGAAGAAAUUUAUCCUGAGAAGGGAUCAGGAGUGGAUGACCCUGUGGGUGAGGUUUCUGUCCACGUGGAGCUCUUCACUCACCCAGGUACUGGAGAACACAAGGUUACAGUGAAAGUUGUAGCUGCCAAUGACCUCAAGUGGCAGACGUCAGGGAUCUUUCGACCCUUCAUCGAGGUCAAUAUCAUUGGGCCUCAGCUUAGUGACAAGAAAAGGAAAUUUGCCACCAAGUCCAAAAACAACAGCUGGGCUCCCAAGUACAACGAGACCUUCCAAUUCACGCUGAGCGCCGACGCGGGCCCGGAGUGCUACGAGCUGCAGGUCUGUGUCAAGGACUACUGCUUCGCCCGCGAGGACCGCACCGUGGGCCUGGCUGUGCUCCAGCUCAAGGAGCUGCUGCAGCGCGGGAGCUGCGCCUGCUGGCUGCCCCUGGGCCGCCGCAUCCACAUGGACGACACGGGCCUCACCGUCCUGCGCAUCCUCUCCCAGCGCAGCAACGACGAGGUGGCCAAGGAAUUCGUCAAGCUCAAAUCGGACACCCGCUCAGCUGAGGAGGGCGGAGCCGGACCCGGGCCCGGGUCUGGCCAGGGGCCUGGGCCCUAGGGAGCUGGGCUGGGCUGACGGGGAGGGGCCCCGGGCCCGGCCUGACCGGUCCGGCUCGGGGAAGCGCUCUCUCUCUCGGGGCGCUGGGCAGCCUGGGAGGCCCCUCCUCCCACUAGCCCCAGCCCUGCCCACCAGAGAGAGUUGGGGGGAGGGAGGGACUCUCUGCCUCUUGCCAUCCCCAUUAGGGGGUUAGGAGGGCUGAGGCGCGCCCCGCUCCAUCCAAUUCUGGGGAACUGGGGCGGGGGAGAGGGCUGAGAGCUUUUAUUUGACGGCAUACUCCAUCGACCCUGCCCUGCUGGGCUGCGAACCAAGGGAGGAAGGGAGACCGGGUUCUGUCUUGGCUCCCAGAGUCCUACCUGCUGAGACGGGUAAGGCCGGAGCCCCGCCCCAGUGGGGUUUGUGGGGCAGAUUAGGAAGGGGAAGAUGUGCCACGGGAGGGGCAGUUCUAGGAUAUUCCUCUCUCCCGGGGACCCAUACCCACACCUGCAGAAAAGCCAUACAGGUUGUCUGCCCUUUUAUCACCACCACACAUACCCCAGGCGUGUGGGUGGGGGAAGGGGAGCAGGGCAAUUACCCAGGGAGGCCCUCAGAGCCCUUUUGUGGGGCUGGGGACAGUGAGUCAGGACUCUAGGCAGGGGCUUGAGGCCCCAGCCAUUCAGGGAUGGGGGAAAGGGGAGGGACUCAGAGACUGGGCCUUUGAAAGGCAACCUGGGAGAGGGGUUUGGGGAGGGACCCCCAAGUUCGGCGUUUGCAAAAAAAAAAAAAAAAAAAAGUGACGUUUAAAAGCACACAAACCCUCAGGCACCCAACUCCAUUCAGGGUUCUGAGGGCAUCAGGGGCCAGGGUUGGUGGAGGUUGGAGGGGAGCACCGAAUGGCCUGUUCUGGAUAGAAGUCGACAUAGCUCCCCUUCUAAUUCCCAAGAGCUCCUGGGUUCAGGCCCAGAAUGGCUUCAUGGGCGGGAGGUUGGCCCUCUUCCCUCUCCCCAUCACCUCCUGGAUGCCUCUGUUCCCAGCCUCUUUCCCAUUUCUACCUGGGGAACCAGGAAGAAGGGAGGAACCAGGACCUUGUGAUUACAACCAUCCCAUUUCCAUCAUCAUUCCCCAAAGGGGCCCCAAGGGGCUGCACCUCAGACCCCUGCUUCCAGCUGCUGCUACAAGUCCCCACUGGGGCCCUCUUCCCCCAACCUUGGAAGAAUUCACUACUCCCUCCUUCAGCCUCAUCUGUCAUCUGGAGGACAGGGGAGUUUGGCACCAGUCUACAAGCUCCCCAGGCGCCUCCUCCAUCCUCUCCUCUACCUACCCCACUCAGCCUUUCCUCUUCCCCCACCCAUUGAGCCAGGGGGGCUUCGGAAACAUGGAAAGGCUUUGCAGGGGAAGAGGGGAGGAAUCUAAUCCUCUCUGUUCCUGAAGAGCCCUUUAACUUACCCAGGGAACAGAAACUCCCAAGUACCUCUUCCCAUUAGGAAUGCCCUAAAAUGUUUAUAUUCCUCACCCUUCCCCACUCCCAGCACAUGAAGAGUCAGAAGCGAAGCUGCCUGGCCCCACUGCCCUCAGCCACUAAAUUCACUUUACCACUUUUUUCUUUCUCCUCCAUCUCCAACUGGAGGCUCCUCUGCCUUCCAAGGGUUGGUCCUCCACAUGGGCCACUGAAACAAAAAGCUAGAGGCUGUGUGCCUCUGUGUGCAGGGGCACCCAUCUCUGAGCAUGUCUAUUGAUUACCAUAGGUGCCCAUCUGUGUGUACUUGUCUGUGCAUGUGUAUGGGAGAUUGUCCGUAUCUGUCUACGUGCUUUACCGUGUUUGUUCCCGUUUGCCUCUGUGUGCGUGCCUGUACAUCCCGUCUGUGUGUGGCUGUCUGUGUGAAUGAGCAUGUCUGUGUGCAUGCAUGUUUGUGUGCCUGUCUUGCAUGUGUGUGCACGUGUCUAAACACCUAUCUGCAUGUGUGUGCUUGUCUGUAUGAGUGAGCAAGUGUGCACUUGUCUUAAUUUCCUAUCUGUGCACCUAUCUAUCUUCCUGCCUCUCCAGCCUGUAUCACAGAGGAGGACCUCCAUGGAAAGGAGAGGAGAUAGGAACCCAGACAAUAGGAAGGGACCAGAGGAUUGAGAACUCAUCUUUUAUAGAAGGGGAAGGAAAUGAUGGAGCAAAAAGACAAGAGGGAACGGGGAGAACACUGAGGAUGAUUUUAUAAGGGAGGAGGGGAGAUCCACAGUUAUAAUCUGGAAAGAAACAGGAGGAGGAAGAGAGAAUAAAAUAGAACAUCAGAGUUGGGAAAGCUUUUGGAAUAUAGAACUGCAGGGAUAGAAGGACCUCAGAAUACAAAAUUCAGGGUUUAAAGAGCCUGUUUUAAAUCCAGUCUCCUCAUUUUGCAGAUGAGGUAACUGAGGCCCAGAAAAGGGAAGAAAAGUUCCUCCAAGAUCACAUAGCCAAUUAGCCCUGCCAAGCUCAGGGAAGGUAUAGGCUCCCUCAUCUUUCAUCACAUGAAGCCUGGAUGAGGGGGGCUCCAGGCAAUCUAUGCCCUCCUUGGGAUCAGGGAGGCACUUGGGACAUAAUAAGCCUGAGAAAGGCAGACUUCAAUAUAUAUAAUGGGAAGCACCUGAAGGAGUCAAACACUAUCUUCAGCAUAGGAGGGGAUCUCAUUUAUAAAAUACUUCACUUUCUCCAACUCAUUCCAAUGAAGCCUUUCAGUGAAUCCCAAUGUCCAUUUAGCCAGUUUGCUCAAAUGGGGACCUACCUACUGGAAAGCAAUUACCCAAAGAUAUUUGCUGAUGGGUGAUACUAGACCAAAUGUCCUGAAGGGGCCCAAACUGCUCCCCUCACAGUCUCCUGGGUCCCAAUCUGGAAGCCAUCUGCCUUCAGCCUUCGUAAGGAAAGAAUGCCAUAUGUGUUGCAGGAACCGAUAGGCAGGCAGAUGAAAGACUGAGAUAAGAGAAUGACAGGCAGAAAAGAGCCAGAUUAAGAGCAUUAGAUUCUCCUCUUACUCAUUGGAGGGGUUCAAAACCUGAAAAAUCAAAUUAGGAGAGAUGUUCUCUCUUUCCUCUAUCCCUUCCUAACUUAUAGGUGGGGGUAUUCCUAAGGCCAGCUGUUCUUCCCACCAGGACCAAGGCUCAAAAAUGCAAUAUGCAAAAAAAAAAAAAAAAAGGUGGGGGGAGGAGUAUUAGAGCUGU